AUGACUGCUGAAGAGUACACGUUACAAUACUUUCAUGGUGCUUUGCCGGAUGCGGAUGCUGAUAAACUGUUGGUGAACCGAGGCGACUUCCUGAUACAGUCACAGCUUGUGAACAGCAAACAACUGCGUUUCGAUGCGAAUUCAAACAACAAUAAUCAAAAUAAAGCCACAACCACAACAGCACCGAUGAAAACCGCUAUCGAGGAUCGUUUAAUUUUGGCCGUCCGGUGCGGUGCUCGAGUACGACGAUGGCAAAUUCAACGAUGCGCAGAGUCGGAUCACGGCGGUGGGGUGCGUUUGUUGGGCAAGCGAUUCGAUAGUAUCCAGCAAAUGGUCAACUAUUAUCAGCGACGUAACCUGGAGACGGCACGAGGCGAACUGAUACGGUUGCGACGAGCGAUUCCAAAGGGACGUCACUGUUUGACUCAUGCCGACAUACGAUUGAUCAAGAAGAUAGGCAGUGGUGCUUACGGUACGGUGUAUCGGGGAUUGUUGAUCAAAGAGAAUCGUGCAAUUGCCGUGAAGCGGAUUGGCCUGGAUAUGUGCGGCGGGGAUAUGGAGCGAUGCUUGAAGCGCUUGCUGAAGGAGGCAAGCGUUAUGCAGUUGUACGAUCAUCCGAAUAUUGUCAAAUUUUUCGGCUACGUUAUCGAUCGAGCCCCGUAUUUGUUGGCCAUGGAGCUGUGUACGGGUGGUUCGGUGGAGGAUAAGUUGCGCUAUGCUGCGCAGAAUAUCACGAUCGCUCGUCGUAUCGAUAUGUGCUGCCAGGCCAGUCGUGGUCUAUCGUAUUUGCACUCGAAGAACUGCAUUCAUCGCGAUCUGGCCACUCGAAACUGUUUGCUGGCCGGUGCAGUGUUGAAGUUGGCCGAUUUUGGGAUGUGCCGAGCGAAACCCGUCUAUAAGAUCGAUUUGUCGAAGCCACAAAACGUUCGGUGGCUGGCACCAGAGGUCUGGCGAACAGGUGAGACGUGUUUCGCGACAGACAUCUAUGCGUUUGGCAUAAUGCUGUGGGAGUUCUUCGAGAUACCGUACACAAUGCCGUACGCUAAUUGGAAGGCAAGUCUGGUGAAAGAGCGGGUGAUGAGUGGUUACCGUAUGCCAGCACCAAAAGCGAUGCCACCCAUCAUAGGUGUCGUUAUGCGACACUGUUGUGCACAAACGCAACGAGCCAGACCAACCGCUCAAGAGCUCAACAAACAACUGGAACGUAUCAACGCAAUACCGGUGAUUUUGAUCUAUCGAAUCAAAUCAAAAGAAUGGCCACAAGAACAUAUGACCAAAAAGUUUCGGCAAGAAACAAUAACCAAAACAAUUUCAACAACCACACAACGAAAACGUUCUGUUGAAUGA